AAGAAUCUAUAACGCCUAUAUGCAAUGAUCUAUAACGUCUAAUAAUCUAUAACGCGAUACCAUGCAAACGGAGAUGUAUAAAUAGUUGCAUAUCUCCAGGCGAGUACUAAAAAAAAUUAUACGAUAACUUCGUCUGUUCUUUCAUUUAUCAAUUUAAAAAAUAUUUCACAAAAAUGAAUUACGUAUUUAUAUAUUUCUAAAAGUAAAUUUGCAUUGAAUGAUGUUAAUAAUAGAAGAGAAAGAAACAAAUGAUUAAAGGCAUCAAUCGGAAACGAGCCAUUUAAAAAGUGAUACAAAUCGUAAUGACAUCGUUUUCUAUUUCACACCUUUCUUCUCCGGUCAAUUUUCAUCUCACGGUCGUUAAUAUGAUGUUACAUUUUUUUCUUGUUCUUUUUUCUAUUUUCUUGCUUCUAAUUUUACGUCAUGUACAACUAAUAACUCAUAUAUCAAAUGAUCAAUGAUGCUUGAAAUCGUUCUUAAAAAAAAAAGGAUCACGAACGUGCCGAGAACGUCACGAAUUCACAUCAUCGAAAGAGAAAACCAUAAUAGAGAUGUCGUUUCCUGCCUCUUCGUCAUUACUGUUGUCGAAUAUACAUACAUACAUACAUACAUACAUACAUACAUACAUACAUAUAUACAUACAUACAUAUAUAUAUAUAUAUAUAUAUAUAUAUAUAUAUAUUCAUACAUCGAGAAACAAUGGAAUCCAUCUUAUCAUCAAUGAAAAUAGGACUACAUUGAAUUUCUGUUUCUACAAGUAUAAACACGAUUUCACAAACGAUGACGUCAGUAAAAACCAUAAAAAUAACGGUAAAUAUAACGCACCAUUAUGGGUUAUAUCGCCGAUAAUUAAAAACGAAUGUAAAUCCCAUAUCACGGAGUAAAUCUAUGUAUAACUCUCACCGCGUACUAUUUCUCUAUAUAACUUCUACCGGUUGUGAUUAUCAAACAAACAAUUUGAUUUAAAAUUAUAAAAAAUUGAAUGAAUGAAUAGAAAAAUAGCUUUUAAUUAUUAUUUUUGAAUAAUUCUAAUUAAAAAAUAAUUAAAAAAUAUUAUCCCGUUUCUCGUAUGGUUGAAAAUUGAUUAUGGUGAUGAAGAUGAGGACGUAUAAAAAAUUUCUGCCGUAUGAUCUAAAUAAUAUAUGAUGUAUAAUAUAUGGUCUUUUUGUGGUCUUUUUGAUAUAAAUAAUAUAUGGUCUUUUUGUCUUUCUCUCUCUCUCUCUCUCUCUCUCUCUCUCUCUCUCUCUCUCUCUCUUUCUCUCGAUCAAAUUCUUUCUAAGAUGAUCCAAAGAUAGGUAGAAGAAAUACCGUAAUAGAGAGAGAAGGCUAUGGGACAGAACAGUGAAACCGUAAGUAGUUUUUUUUCUUCCCAUACAUACAUACAUACUUAUAUACAUAUGUAUACGUAUAAAUAUACAUACAUGCAUACUGCAAACCGGUCGUGAAACUACUUCAUGCCACAUGAAGAGAGUCGAAGUCAGUCAUCGAGAAACUUUCGAAACGAGCGUGCGUGUCCUGGCCUGAAUCAGGCCCAAGAUGGCUUUCGGCUUUACAUUGAUAUUCUUUGUUAUCGCUCUUGGUACAUUUGUCGAUGCUGGACCUUAUACAAACAUCAGCGAGCGAAUGCUCAAGGACGAUGUUACUACGUCCGAUAAAGACAAUUCCUUGAACGAGAAUCAAAACACCGAAAGUUUUAUUAUUAAUAAAGACGCGGAAAAAUCGAUACCUAUCGAUGUAUAUGAUGAUGAAUAUGAAGAUGAAGACGAAGAACUUGAAAAAUACAGAAUUUCAUCGAGAAAAUCGUCAGACGAUAAUAACAGAGCAUUUUCUUUAUUUGGUACCGUUGAAUCUGUUUUCUCAGCAAUGGCAAAUAGUCUGAAUAAUAUUGUAAAUAGUAUGAUGGGAACACAGACGAAGAGUUCAGUUAUGCGAAGCAACAGAGUCAGUUAUAGAAAUCAUCAACUGAUAAGAAUAUUUCCUAUAACUGAUGAACAUAUUAAUGAACUCCGUGAGCUCAGGGAUUCUGAGCCUGACGAUAUUAAAUUUUGGAAUGAUCCCAUAUCGAAUAGGACGACCGACGUCGUAAUCGCACCGGAAAUUGUCUCGGAUGUAAAGGAAUACUUGAAGGGUCAUCAAAUUGAUUUUAAAGUACUAAUAUCGGAUCUACAGACGAUCAAUUAUCAAAAUCCAAAGAUGUCUAAGGAACAACGUGCUGAUCUUGUAACCAGUCAAGGACACACCAUGACUUGGAGACGAUAUCAUCGAUAUGGGGAAAUCCUUAGAUAUUUGGAAUACCUUGCAUUCAGAUAUCCAACUUUGGUUGAAAUAAUUACUAUCGGUCAUAGUUAUGAAGGAUUACCAAUAAAAAUGGCGAAAAUAUCGACAGGUCCUAAACGUGACGGUGAAGCAAAACCUGCGAUUUGGAUCGACGCUGGAAUGCAUGCCCGAGAAUGGAUCAGUGUUGCCGUUGCAACCUACAUAUUAAGUCAAUUGGUUGAAAAAAAUUCAUCUUAUACGAAAUUGUUGGAAGUUUCCGAUUGGAUGAUAUUACCUGUAGCAAAUCCGGACGGAUAUGAGUACACACACACAUAUGAUAGACUAUGGAGAAAAACUCGAAGUUAUCAUGGAGAUCGAGAAGCCAGAUAUUCGCCAUCGAGUUUGUUUCAUUUAAUGUCACACUAUACCAAAUGGUUUUGGUCGAAAUGCGAAGGAGUAGAUCCAAAUCGAAAUUUUGGAUAUCAAUGGGGUGAACGUAACAAUGGUGGAACUAGUUUAGAUCCUUGUCACGAAACUUAUGCUGGUCCUUAUGCUUUUUCUGAACUUGAAACUAAAGCAAUUGCGGAAUAUAUUAUGGCUAAUCGACAGAACAUUAGAAUGUAUUUGACGUUACAUUCGUAUGCACAAAUGUGGUUAUCACCUUGGGCUUACGUUAGAAAUAGUCCAGCUGAUUAUUCAGAAUUAACAAACGUAGCAAAAAGAGCUGUGAACGCUAUAGCCAAAGUUCAUGGUACCCAUUAUCAAGCCGGUCCAGCAGCUGAUCUCUUAUAUCCAACCUCAGGAGCUUCGGACGAUUGGGCCAAAGUUACGGCCGGAAUAAAAUAUGCUUAUACCGUCGAACUUCGCGAUCGUGGAACUUAUGGUUUUCUACUUCCAGCAACGCAAAUUGUACCAACUGGAAGAGAAAUUUGGGCUGGAAUACGAGCGAUCGCUCGUCUAGUUACAUGCAACACGUAACGCUAAUCUUCUUACGUGAAUCUCUCGACUACUUGAUUUUAAUAGGAAAAUUAUCUAUAUUUUAUAUCUAUAGAUCAAUGAUAAAUUUAGAUAGAAUUUGUCUCGAGUACAACAUUAUUUAUGUACACGAAGUUUUCAUUUAUAAUAUAAUUUUUUUUCAUUAGAACAUUUAUAUUAUAGCUAGUCAAAAUUUAACAUAUUAGAUAUUUAUGUACUUUGAAAGUUAUACGUAUAUUCCCUCUCUCUCUCUGUCUCUCUCUCUCUCUCUCUCUCUCUCUCUCUCUCUUUCUCUCUGUCUCUCUCUCUCUCUCUCUCUCUCUCUCUCUCUCUCUCUCUCUCUUUUAAUCUUUUAGAUCAAACAAAUUCUAGAUAUACAAAAUAGAAUGAAUGCACCACUAAUAGAAUUUAUUCAUUAUUGACAACCACAAACUACUCAGGUUUUUAUAUAUUUUUCUUAAUUAACCUAAUAAUUUUAUAACGAUAUUAUUUAUAUAUAACACUUUCAAAUGGUUUAAUAUAAGACUUGUAAUAAGAUUAAUAAGAUAAGAUUUCUAACAAUGUACUUGAGCAUACAACUGCCAUGUGUACAGAUAUAAUAU